AUGAAUGCUGAGUUUUGUCCGGGACCACGAUUAAAUUUGAUAACAGGUCCCAAUGGCACGGGCAAGAGCUCUAUUGUCUGUGCGCUCUGCGUUGGUCUAGCUGGCAGCACACGCUUGUUGGGUCGAGCUGACAAAGUGGGUCAGUUUGUGCGUCACGAGAAGGAGAGUGGAUAUACGGAGAUUGAGCUGUUCUUUGAACGCGGUAACAAGGUUAUUCGACGCAACAUUUUUCGAGACAACAAGAGCACAUGGCAAGUUAAUGGCAAAGACUCGACGCUCAAGAUGGUAGCAGCUAUCAUGGAAGAUGCAUGUAUUCAAAUCGACAAUUUAUGUCAGUUUCUGCCACAAGACAAAGUUGGCGAAUUCUCUCGGAUGAAUGCUGUGCAAUUGCUUAAAGCAACGGAAAAUGCUAUAACAGAUAGUGAUUUGGCUAGCACGCAUGAUGAGAUUAUAAAACUACAACACAGCAUGCUAGAUAAAGAACGGGAACUGGAGCAUGCACGUGCAGCGUUGGAGUUGAAAAAAAGUGAAAAUGCUCAGCGAGAGAAAGAAGUGGAGCGUGUAGAAGACUACGAAGCACGUAUUGAAGAGACGAAUAUUAUGGAGAAAAAAUGUUUGUGGCUUGAGUUUGAGAAUGCAAAAGCGGACGUUGAGAAGCUUAAGGAAGAGAAAUUAUGUCGGAAGGAGGCUAUCGUGAACGAGCGCCGACAAAAGAUUGAGCCUCUUGUGGAACUUAUAAAAAAAGAGCAGAUCAAACUGGAAGAUGUCAAAACAGAGAAAAGUGAUGUCGAUACUAUGAAGCGAACGCUUGUUGAAAAAAUGCGAAAAGAAAAAGCUUCCAUUGAAUCUUUGGAAAGUGCCCAAAGUCAAACAAUUUCAGAAGUGAAAGAAUUGCGCAACCAGCACAAUUCGACUCGUCGUAGAUUGGAACGCUUGGAGCGCGAAGUAGCUGAAUGGCGUAAGAAACGCGCGGAGAUUACCGACGAUGCCGAUCUUAAAAAGCAAAAGGACCAACUGGAGAAGCAGCAGCGUGAAAAAGAUAUGGAGGAAACUGAACUACGGAGCAAAAGAGAAGCACUUGCUCGUGAGCUAUCGUACGUGGACAGUGAGCGCAAAAAAGUGAAUGAUAAACUCGAGAGACUUGAAAACGAAAAUGUGCAGCGACGGCUAGCUCUUCAAAGGGCUGACCCAGACUGUAUUCGUGCUGCCGACUGGGUGAAGAACAACCAAAGUCGAUUGAAGCGGAAAGUUUGGGGUCCGAUAGCACUUGAGAUGAAGCUAAAUGAAACGACACACGCCAAAUAUGUGGAAGAUACCUUACCAAAAUGGUUGUUAGGAGCAUUGGUCGCAGAAUGUUACGAGGAUUACAACACGAUUCUUCAUGAGAUCAAUAAUGAAGAUUCAGAUCGUCGAAUUAAAGCCUCGAUCCUGAUUGUAGAGAACGGCACAUGUCAUGCUGUCCAUCGGCCAUACUCGGAGGAUCAGAUGAACGACUAUCGCAACCGAUACGGCAUGAAAGGCUUUUUGGAUGAGCUGGUGACUGCACCUGAUAUUGUCCUUGAGGCUCUUCGAUCUCACGGGGGUCUUCACACAGUUAUGGUUGGCUCCCAGAAGACCGAAAGUAUUAUAAACACGGGAGGACAGAUCUUUGCGGAUAUCGCAUCAUCAGAGCGAAAGACUGCUUUUGUGACUCCUUCAAAAAAAUACGUCACUUCAGUCUCCAAGUAUGGUAACCGUAAUGUGACAACACGUACCAACGAUCUUAUGAAUCCUCGCUUACUUGCGGCCUCAACAUCGAAUCAGGAAGAAAAGACUGAGAUGAAACAAGUGUUAAAUGAUUUGGACGUCAGAGAGAGAAAUAUUAAGAAAAAGAUCACUGAUCUUAAAGAGCAGGAGAAACAGUAUGCCGAAGAAAGACGAACUGCCCAGCAUCGAGUCAACGAAAUUCGCUCCCAGCGAAAAGCAAUCAUCCGUUUGGAUGAUAAAAUUGCCGAGGGUGACAACAAGGUCUAUUCGCUUAAAAGUGAGCUGGCACAAGAUGUUUCGGCAAAAGAGGAGGCAUUGACCCGAAAAUUAAAAAAUCAAGCAUCGAAACAAGCCCAACAGGUCCAACAUUGUUUGUUUCUUGCAACCAGUUUGUAUGAAGCAAGCGCUCGUGAGGCAUGUCUAUCCUUAAAGCUUGGCACACACCAAGUCCGAGUGGAUUUCACCCAGAAACACUUGAAGCAAACUGAAAGCACGCUGCGUGGCCUUCGAGAUGCCUACAAGCUUGCAAAGGAAAAUUUGUUACGUAAAGCGAGGGAUGCGAUGCAACUAAAGAGCAAAGCUGAAAAGGAAGCUCCUUGGGAUGUAUAUGAAGAGCGCUUUAACAAAUUGCCCGAUGAUCUGAAUGAGUUGCUUGGCAAGAUUGAAAAUAACAAGGCAUCAUUAGAGUGCUUUCGUGGAGAUAGAAGUAUUCGCGAGCUUUAUGAACGCGUUUGCAGUCAAAUUCGGAAUGAUGAAGCAAAUCUGGCUGAUCUAGAGAGCUUUGUUACUCAUGGAGUAGAAAGUAUUACUGGUAUUAAGGAGAAAUGGCAUGCCAAUCUUAAAGAAGUGGUGCAGCACAUUGACACCUCUUUCAGAGAAUUUUUUGAGGAUAUAGGAUGUGUCGGUGAAAUCUUGCUGGACGACAAAGACCCGGAUGUUGCGAAAUGGGGCAUACAACGUCGUGCUCAGUUUCGCAAGAAUACACAGCUCUCGACAAUGACUGCCGAGGAGCAAUCCGGAGGAGAAAAAUCUGUCGGAACCAUCAUGUACUUGAUGGCUCUUCAGAGCUUAACCAAGUGUCCAUUUCGCGUGGUGGAUGAGAUCAAUCAGGGCAUGGACGUGUACAACGAGCGCAAAGUGUUUCAAAGAAUUACGAAGUCAUCCUGUGGCAGCAAAUUGCCGCAGUAUUUUCUAAUCACUCCGAAGCUCAUCACUGGUCUGACUUAUCAUCGCGAUACAAAAGUAAUGGUCAUACUCAAUGGGCCGUAUAAUAAUAUUCAGCAAGACCUGUGGGAUCUUGCCCAGUUCGUUGCUCGCGAAAAACAAGCAAAGCGUAAGAGUGCUAGUGCACCUAGCAAAUCUAGCAGGAAGCGAAUUCGAGUUCAAGCCUGA